AUCGGCCUCUUUGUCUGCGGCGCGUGCGUCCUCAUCAGCGCCAAGUUCUGCCUCAUGUGCGCUUCUUUGGCGCGCCAGCAGAUCCCGCAGGCCUUUGUGCUGGCCAUCAUGCUGUCCGCCGACUGGGUCAGCUGCCUGCACGUCAUGAGCCUGGUCGAGGACCGGGUCAAGAGGCGUCUGCUGCUGGCGCUGCUCGCCGUUGCGGGCCUCGUGCAGCUGCGCGCGACCCUGGGGCGCCUGCACCUGAAGCCGAGGUGGAGCCGCUACCUGAUGCAGAGACGCGCCUCCCGUGCCGCUGGCCGAGCCGGGGCAGCAGACCUGGGG